AUGCUACAAUUGAGUCUUUUUUGGAGGAGGAAACGUAUUUUCAACUUCACUGAAACGUCCUGCCGACCCGAGGAAAACGGAGAAAGGUAAGUUUAUUGUUUAAGUGGUAUGUUUUAUCACUCAAACUGUGUACAACGUCUUGAUUUUCAAUUAUUUAAAUGUUGUUGAGUUUUUUGUAAGCUUAGGCUUAGUUCUUCUGUUUCUUGCCAGGUUGUGAAUUUCUGACUGUACUGCCUCUUAAUGACGGAGUGAUGCAUGUAGCGACUCAGAGACCUCCUUAUUUUUUAAUUUUUUUUUCAAAACAUUCGGUAAACGUCUGCUUUCCUAACGGAUGCGGUUCCUGUAAUAAAUUUAUAAUAAAUGCUCAAGGGAGGACACCUUCUAUUAAAAAAGUAUAAGCAAACACUAAAUCUGCAUCCACAACUAAAGGGAACGCAAUAAUAGCCUAUUUCACAGUCACAGUCGAGGCUGGAAUUCACCUCGUUUUGAUACAACCCCUCCUUCUUUAUUAUGUAGAUCAUGUUGUUCUUAUGCAAAUAUAUAUUUUUUUUCAACAAAAGUUUACAUUUAUAAAAAAAGGAAGGAAGUUUAAUCGUAUCAACCUCAGCCUCACAUUCGCUCAAAGACUAUGACACAGCGUGCAAAGAAAGUCGUGUCUGAUAGCCCAGGGCUAGUGGAUUUUGCUAUCGGGCUAGUGAUUUUUUUUUAACGUGCCCCACGGGCAAGUGCUUUUUUUGGGGGAAAUUCAAAUAAUUUACAGAAGGAUUGUAAUCAAUCCUGCUAAUCAAAAAGGUUUUUGGGCUAGUUGAAAUGACUUGUGGGCUAGUACAUGCUAGCUACUGCUUGCCCGAAUGGCAGGCUGUAAAAUGGAGUUUCUUUGCACCCUGAUGACACCCAGCCCACAACUGUAAAAUGGCCAGUUGGUCUUGAAUGUAGAUACUGUAAGUCAUUCUGGAUGUCAUUCUUUCAGCAAUAUAAUAAUUGUGUUUUCCCUUCAGUGUUCUACCAUCUAUCUAUUUCCAUUAAUAAUAUUAUUAUUUCAUUUUACCUUCCCUUUCAACAAUAAUAUUAAUGUGCACCAGUUACCAUGAUAUACCUCUUUACUAACUUUUAGUACUUGAUACAGAUUUAGUAACACCAAGGUCUGCAUUGCUCAGGGUAGUGGGUAAAUCAGAUAAUGAUACAGAAAAAAACUUAUAAUGGCUGAAGAAAGAGAGUUUCUGUAUGAAUUUUUUAUGAAUGGUUACAUCGUAUACAAAAAUUCUGUUCUUCCUAUCUUUUAUCAGAUGUUUACCAGACCCAAAGUUUUAGUUUGUAUAGAAAGACAAUAUGUGAAUUACACUCUGAAAAAUUUUUGCAUAGUAUGAAUAUUUAUUAUUGUGCUUUGUCACAUUAUCUAAAAAGAAAUGUGACAAAUAAGCAGCUGAACAUCAUGCAUUUUUGCUGAAGAAGCCUUGAUGAUAAGAGUCUCAGCUCUUUGUUAGAGCUCAGAAAAAGUGUAUUUCCUAUGCAUGUCUACAAAUAUUAUAAACACUAUAUGGCUGAAAGUGUAUGGUUAUGAUUAUGGCAUCAUCUGUUUUGAUACAAGACUCUGAUAUUUUACUCAAGAUGAAGAAAAUAUUUUUCAGCAUUCAAAACAUAAAGGAUAUGUAGAAAGUUUGACUGUAUACUGUAUAUUGAAGGCAAGAGUCUAAAAUAAUUCCACACAGAAUAGCUCUCAAGGCUGUGCUUGCAAUUGUGCUUGCAGUUUUAAGACUUCAUACUUACAUGAUUGUGCAUCCAAGUGGAAAAUAUGGCAGCUGGCACCUCAUCAUGAAUAUAAUGUGCUGUUUCUCAUGGUCCUGGGAGCAGCUACUCAACAACAUUUUACAAGGGGUGGUUUCACCCCAAGUUGCCUACAUUUCUCUGCACCCUUUGAGGUUGUGCAAACACAUAGACCAAACCCAAGGUCCAAUGUCUUAUCCUUUAUUGCUGACAGGAAAGGUGUCUCUUUUCUCUCUUUCCCCCCUCCCCAUGUUCAAACUAUUUCUUUUAAAAGAAAAAUUCUAGCCACUUGAUGAAUAAAAGGAUAUACCCUCCCCAAACACCAAACCCGUAAGGACAGACCAGUAGUAGAAAUCAGAAAUCAGAGUGGGCGGUGAUGUUGUAUAUCUAGCUUUAGCUAUGACAGUAUCCACUUCAUUGUACAUACACUGUAUAUACUGCACCUACUACUAACUAGUGCUCCACAUUGUGCAAUGAAGCUGGUGCCGCAUGCUUCUCACUCCCAGUGUUAGCUUGCAGAUUAUUUACAUUUUUGCUGAUUACUUGAGACUCUUGCAGCAGACUAAGCUGGGAAAGGGAUACUGUUGUUUACUGUUGGGUGGUUGUAACAUAUGA